GUUCGUUCUGGAAGGAUAAACUAGACGUUUUUUGUUUUGUGACGAAGAAAUUCAUUCUACCUCGUGCUUGGUUUGUGAGAAAACCAUUUUGCGAGUAUUACGGAUUCACAUAAUAAAAAGGACAAUAGUAAUAAUAAUUAAAAUGAAUGGAAUUAUAAAAAAUACAUUGCGUCCGUCGAUAAUUAAAAAUUUAUUUUCAACAACUUCAAGUACAGGAAUUACAUGUAAUCAAUUAAGAACACUAUGGAAUGUUUCUCGACAAACUCAAAUUACAUCUAUUGUUCCGAUAAAACUGUUUAAACAUGAAAAUGUUUUUUGUAAUUACAAUUGUUGCAGGAAUUCUCACUCAAAAGCUGAAAAGGAACUUGUGGAAUUCUUAGCAGAAGAAAUUAUAGCAGAAAAGAAGGCACAAAAACUAAAAACUAUUCCUACUGAAUUAGAUGGAUUCAAAGUAUCACUUGAUGGUGCAGAUGUUAAUUUAGAAAAGAAGCAAGAUAAUGAAAUAAUCAGGAUUUCAUUUAAUAUAAAUCAUACAGUUGAUUCUGAAUCUGAACCUAAUGUUGAAAUGACAAAUGAUAAUCCAGAUAUUGGUGAUAUGAAAAGUAAACCAUCUUUUACAAUAGAUAUAAUAAGAGGAAAUCAAACUCUUGGAUUCACUUGUUCUUUUAAUAAUGAACCUGGUGCAUCAGGUGCCAAUGAAAGCUAUAAUGAUAUUUUUGGUAUAGAUGAAAUCACUUUAUAUACGGGAGAACAUACCGACAAAGUAUAUGCUGUUGCAGGUGAAAUCAUUGAUGGGUACCUAUAUGAUUUAUUGAUGAACUAUCUUGAAGAAAAAGGCAUUUCAAAUGAAUUUGCAGAAAAAUUAAUUGAUCUUAGUACAAGUUAUGAACAUACAGCAUAUGUUAGUUUAUUAGAAGGCCUUUCAAAAUUCACAUCUGGAAAGUAAUGUUCGUAAUUUCCAUUAUAUUUAUAAUCUAUUAGGUAUAGAAUACGUUUAUAUAAAAAUAUGUUUAUAAUAAAUGUAUGUAAUAUUCUAAUAUGGUCUUUUUGUCGAAAUUUUCUUUUUUGAAAAUAAAAAUUAUGUCACAUCUA